UGAUUUAGCCAAGUUUGCGCUAAAAUAUAGUUGGUAUUUUUUCUCGCUUUCUUUUUAAUCUUCCUAGAAACCAGUUUGGUUGACUGAACGACUCUUGUUGUUUACAUCCGUAAGCGCCAAAAGCAAGUGUGCUUCGAAAAGGUUUAAAUAAUAUAGUUAUGCCAAGAAAAAGGCGUUUACGAUUAAGCUUCAUUGGUGGCAGGCGACCAUCAAUAUGUCCUCCAAUAAAGAAAAUUGCUAAAGAUGAGCUUGGCAAUGAAGUUGCAGGCCAGUCUGAAGCUGCUGAUAAUAAACCCAAAGAGCUUGGCAAUGAAGUUGCAGGCCAGUCUGAAGCUGCUGAUAAUAAACCCAAAGUGCUUGAAAGUGAAAGUCAACCUGAAGCUGCUGAUGUUAAACCCAAAGAUAAAAGUAAGAACAAGAAAAUAAAUAAAAUCAAAAAUGAAGGCAACUUAUUUGAAAUGGAAAUAGCUUCUAUGAAACAAUCAAGGGAAGUGAAAGAAAAGGAAAUUCUGGAUACUUUAACAAAAGAAGUUAAUGAUUUGGAGACAGAAAAAGAAGAAUGGUUAAAAAAUUAUUUUAGUUUUUGCAAAGAGAUUACUGACAUGAAUCCUUUUGAAAACUUUCAAAUCCCUCAAGAUUUAAAAAAUUUACUUGAAUUUGAUAUUAAAGCUGAAAUAAAAAAAUGCCAAGACUUGAAUGAUGAUUUUGUUAUAAACACUAUUAAUACUAAUAUUUUAAAAGAAGAAUUGAAUAUACGAAAGUUACAGUUGCAUAUUAAAUUUGAAGAGUUAUCUAAAGAAAUGAAAUUAGACAAUAUAGUUUGUGAAACUCCAAAACAUUUAAUUAAAAAAAUUAUUUUUUAAA